CAUGAGAGGGAUACAAGAUCUGCUGAGGGAACUUAAUUUUAUAUGACACCUGGAAGAAGGAAGGCAGCAAGAAUUUUUUUUUAUUUAGCAGUGAUAUAGUAAAAAAACGAACAUUGUUGAAAUGGAAGGGGUUGUAAAAAACGAACAGUAAAAAGAAAAAAAGGGGCAGGGCAAGAUAAGAAAGUAAGAGACUCUAAGAGGACAAACAGGAAAAGAAACGGUGCAGCACUAGCUAUAGAGGGGGAAAGUGAAAAAGGAUGAGAGGAGGGGAAGAGGAGGGAGUGAUGAGAGGGGUUUAGGAAAAGAGGAGGGGGUCUGAGAGGAGUGAGAGAAAAAAGUGUUUUCCUGGGCUGAAGCAUUGCGAAACCAACCUGAUCUGACUUGUAGUGCAAUCUGAUCAUUUAACGUUUUCCAAUUCUUACUGUACAAGACUUAUUAAUUUAAUUGAAAAUGGGGCAUCAUCACUUUUAGAUGGACACAUCAUGCUUUCUGCCCUACCUGGGUCGCCAAACACCAAGUUAAACCCCCCUCCAUGCCCCUUCAGCGUGAGAUUGACACUGGAUUGAGUGGAAAGUAAGCUAACAGCACCCACCCCCUUUUCAGGCAGAGCAGCCUGCAACCAUUCAUAUCAACAUACACACGCAUGCAUAUGUAUACAUAGAUUUGCAACAAACCUAGGAAGUCUGCAUAUAAAAAAGAAGAAAUCAGCAAAAGGUUGAGGAAUUGAAAAGGCGGCCAUCUAUUUAUUUUUUGGAUGUCAUACAUGGAGUUACUUUGUAUCCACUCCUGGAGAGGAGAAGAGAGAGAGAUCAUCUUUGUAUAGACCAAUGAUACACUGGACUUUUUCUGGAAGGCUCAUGGUUUUCUAUAUAUUUUAUUCAGUAGGAUCCUCCCCUAUUUUAACCUGAGCAGACCACAACAGUGAGGACACUCCAAACACAUCAAGAUGGAAGAGAAGCGGAGGAAAUUUUCACUAAGCAGCGAUGACUCUGAUACCACUGACAGUCAUAUAACAUCUUGGUCAAGAUGCUCCAAAAUUCCAACCACCAAAUCUACUUGGCCAAGACCGGAGAAGAAACCUUCAGAGGUUUUUCGCACAGACUUGAUAACGGCUAUGAAAGUUCCUGACUCAUACCAGUUUAAUCCAGAUGAUUUCUACAUACUAGCUGACCCUUGGAGGCAAGAAUGGGAAAAAGGGGUCCAGGUUCCAGCAAGUUUAGAAGGAGUACCUCAACCGGAGGUUAGACUGAUCCCUACAGUUGAGGAUUGUUCUCCGCUGAUUAAACGUGACUCAUUACCAGGAACACAUUGUCCAGGGAGCUUCCUUACCAGACCACAGGGUUCCUGCCGAUAUGACCUGGAUGAGAUUGAUACAUGCUGGUUAGAACUUGUUAACAUGGAGUUCAAAGAGAUGGAAAUGCGACCACUGGAUGAGCUGACUUUGGAGAGAGUGCUGGAAGAAUUAGAGAUGGUUUGCUUUAAAAAUAUGAACCUUGCUAUUGAAACUGAGGAAGGCCUGGGCAUCGAAUAUGAUGAAGAUGUUGUGUGCGAUGUUUGCAGGUCACCUGAAGGGGAAGAUGGGAACGAGAUGGUUUUCUGUGAUAAAUGCAACGUCUGUGUGCAUCAGGCUUGUUAUGGGAUCCUUAAAGUCCCCACAGGAAGCUGGUUAUGUCGAUGUUGUGCCCUUGGAGUUCAAGCAAAAUGUUUACUUUGCCCUAAAAGAGGGGGGGCUUUGAAGCCUACAAGAAGUGGGACAAAGUGGGUCCAUGUUAGCUGUGCCUUAUGGAUACCUGAAGUUAGUAUUGGGUGUCCUGAAAAGAUGGAGCCAAUUACUAAAAUUUCACAUAUCCCUCCAAGCAGAUGGGCUUUGUCUUGCAGUCUGUGCAAGGAGUGUGCAGGAACCUGUAUCCAGUGUUCCAUGCCAUCCUGCAUCACAGCUUUUCACGUAACCUGCGCCUUUGACCACAGCCUAGAAAUGCACACUACCCUAGCAGAGAAUGACGAAGUGAAAUUCAAGUCCUUUUGCCUGGAGCAUAGCAGUGGAACCCCCAAACAAGAGGAUCAGUGUGGCAAAAGAGCUUCCUUAUUGGCUCCAGAGGUGGAAGCGGAUCAAUCCAAGCAGGACAUUGAAAAGAUCACCUUGAGAAAACAAAAACUUUUGCAGCUGGAGGAACACUUUUAUGAUAUUGUCAAGCCAGAAGAAGUGGCUGAAAACCUUGAUAUGAACAGGAAUUUGGUUGAUUUCAUUUUCCAGUACUGGAAGCUAAAGAGGAAGGCAAACUUUAGCAAACCUCUUUUAACUCCCAAAACAGAUGAAUUUGACAACUUAGCUCAACAAGAACAAGAUGUGCUGUAUAGAAGAUUAAAGCUGUUCACACACCUCAGGCAAGACUUGGAAAGGGUUAGAAAUUUAUGUUACAUGAUCACCAGGCGUGAAAAGAUGAAACACUCCAUGUGCAAGCUUGAAGAGCAGAUUUUUGAGCUACAAAUGAAGCUUAUUGAGAAAGAUCUUCACCCUGAAAAACCCAAGAAGAAAACCAAUGGUAAAAAAGCUAACCCUAAAAGAAGAGGAAGAGAUGGUAAGAAGGGCACCCCAGAGAAGAAGGAAAAGAUGAAAACAGGGAGUGGGUCUGUACUGGGACAACUUGGUUUAUCAAAAUCUUUCCCAAUAGAUGGAACUAUUUUCAGCAGCUGGUUGGCUCAAUCAGUCCAAAUUACUACUGAGAACCUGACAAUGAGUCAAUGGCCCUUGAAAAAUUGUCACCAUGAAAAUAACACCUCCGGCCUUCUUUCCGAAGAGCUGUUACAAGAUGAAGAGACUUUGUUGAGCCUCAUGAUAGAUAACUCAUUAAAGUCUCCUUUUAAGCACACUGAGACUGUGAAAAAAGUGAAAAGCAAAGUGAAGACUAAUUGCAAAAAAAAACAGCUAAACAGCAGCUCAAACACUGUCUUCAAGAGUCAUCAAGGUGAUAUUGUCCAGUGGAAUAAUGGGAGAUAUUUGUCAGAUCAAAUUGAGAAGCGCGUUACCCAGAACACGAGAUCCAGCAAGACAGGAAAAUUGGCAGUCAAGGUACAACUAGACCGCAAAGGGUAUGGUGAAAUGAAGGCUUCCAAAAAGGGUCCAGCACAUUCACCUGGGUUGAAACCCAAUGGUUCAACUAGUUUGUCAGAUCUGAGUCCAUUAAGCAAUGCUGAGAAGACAUUAAAAUAUGCUGAGCCUGAGUCUAAUUCUGUCAAAGUGCCUGACUCUGUGGUUUGUCCAAAAACAUUGAGGUAUAAAUUACCAAAGGAGGGGAAAAUGAGUGUGGAGUUGAAGAUACAAAACCCAGAAGUGGCAAAUGAACCUCGGAUCAGUGAAAGAUGCAAGGGAAACUCUCACUUUGACAAUGAGACUGAUGGCUACUAUUCAGAUGCAGAAAUGACCGACUCUGAAGAGGAAUCAAGUCAAAGAAGAAUGCAGCUUAGUCAGUUUGAUUCAUCAAAUGACGACAUUGUGAGAAGGAGCAUAUUGGCAUCCUAAAUCACCAGAGUUAAUGGACAGUUUUAUGAGGCCUAAAACCAUGAUAGAUAUGAUAUGACUGCCAUCUGACUUCUGCCUGCCUGUUUUCAUUAGAGGUGUUUUUGAGGCACACACAUGCAUACACGCACGCAUGUAUGUACAAGUUUGUGUAUAUACAUAUAUAUAUACAUACAUACACACACAUACACACACUCUGUUCAAGCUUCAUCAGUUGUCUUGCUGUCGCUUUGACACCUCUUAAACCUCACAAACUUAGAUAACUGUACUGUAGUUGUCUCUUUUGUAGUUGACAUGCAUUUUCCAGAUAAUGCAAGCAUGUGCAUUAAGGGACUUGUGCUUCUAAAUGUAAGCAAGGAUGUCAAUACAGAUUUCAGUCAUUGACCGAGACCUAAAUAGUUUAUCGGGCAUUAUUUAGGAAAAGAAGCAGAUAAAUUGUCAAACAUAUGUUUUAAGAACCAUGGUAUCACGCCAUACAAUAAACAUAAAAAAAAGUUGGAAAUAUUAGAAGUAAAAUAAGCAAAAUUAAAAACUGCAUAAAGCACAAUAAAGCUUAUUUGAAUAAAGCACUUACAUGUGGAGGAAGGCAGCUUUGGCUGUUAACCUGAGUUUUUACCCCUUUCUGAACUCACUUUCUUCCGUCCAAGUCUCUCACAUUGGCCAUAUCAGGCGUGUAAAUAGCAGAGUGAGCGGCACUAUAUGAGCCAUUUAUGGCUUACCUUAUUCACACAUCUGCUUCGUCUGUGCGUGGAACAUGCAAACGGCUAUUGAAUAUUUUAUUAAAUCUUACUUAGCAAUAGCUGGUUGGAUUUAUUUGCUCAGGUGGAUUGAUUAGGCUUCACCUCAGUGGUUAGGCCAAAAGGAAACUAAAAGGCAUUACUUUCCUUAUAAAACAUUUUAAGCCGCCCAUGCAUUGUUAGAAAAUAAGUUAUCAGUUUAGUACUAGAGUUCCAAAAUCCAUAAAACAAAAUGUAUAGAAUGGGGAUCAGUGAUACUCUUGGUAUGUGAAUAUGGUAUUAUUAAAUGAAAGGGAUGAAGGUUUAACAUUAUACACUUAUAUAAAAUGA